AUCUCUAUGGCACUCUGACCCUCUGAGAGGUGAGCACAAAGGCGCUGAGGAGAAGAGGAAGGGUAAAGAGGACAGAGGAGGUGAAGGAGGAAGCUGCGAGCAGGAGAGUGAGGAGUGGGCGGAGCCAGAGACGGAGGAGGUGCAUGCUCCCCCUUCAGUCCCCCCCUUCCCCUUGGACAUCCUCUUUUUGAGCGACGUUGUUUCAGUGACCGGAAGUGAAGAAUGGAUUAUAGACAGAGUGCAGGCCGGGGGCUCAGGCUGAGGGGGGGUCUCGAUGUCAGACUCCCCAGGACUAGAGCCCUGCUGCUGGGCUUCCUGCUGGCGGCGGCGGGGCUUCUCUCACCGUUGGUGGCGGGUGAGGAGAUGGAUAUAGAUGUGCUGGGGGGGGUGGAGUUACUGGAAGCAGGAGAGGGCGUGGGCAGAGAGCUGGAGGCGUCCAUGACAUCAUCCUUGCUGCAGGACUUCCAGGAAGUGACCGAGGGGCUGCACGCCAUGGAGGCUGUUGCCAUGGACACCAUGGACAGGUCGGUGACUCAGCAGAGCACGACGCCCACCGCCUUCCCAGACUCAGCGGCGGUCGUCGGUCGGAUCUUUAAGAUGAAGGUGCCCAACAAGAAGGAGGAUGUUUACCUGGGUGACAUCAUCAAGAUCACAGAGUUGGGUCGGGACUCCCUCCCCUCAUGGCUGCAUUGGUUCCCCCACAGCAGGACCCUACAGGGUUUACCUUUGGAGGAGGACAAAGGUGUCCAUUACAUCUCUGUCUCCAUCUCCAACCAAUCCAAAUCCUCCGCUUCCUCAGACAUGUUUUCCAUAGAGGUUCACCCUGAAGAUCAUUCAGACUCAGAUUCAGCCCAGCUGGCGUCAAAUCAAGCCUCCACAGAUGACGAUUUCCAGUCGUUUAUGUGUAGCAACGAGGAGCCGGUCACCGUGCUUACGGUGAUCCUAGACGCAGAUCUGACAAAGAUGAGCUCUGAGCAGAGAGUGGAGCUGCUCGAUAACAUGAGGAGCUUCUCUGGGGUGGAGCUGCAGCACAUGAAGAUCCUCCCUGUGGUCAACAACAGGUUGUUCGACAUGUCUGCAUUCAUGGCCGGGCCGGGGAAUGCCAAAAAAGUGGUGGAGAACGGCGCCCUCUUGUCCUGGAAGCUCGGCUGCUCACUGGACCAGAGUACAGUCCCAAACAUCAACAGUGUCCAGGGUCCUGCUAAAGAAGGCACAAUGUCCGCCAAGCUGGGCUUCCCUGUGGUGGGGUGGCACAUUGCCAACAAGAAACCCCACAUCCCAAAGAGGGUCAGGCGUCAGCUAAACAAUACCCCAACCCCCGUCCUGGCAGUUCUUCCUCCAACGACUGUAGUAGAGCCUCCAGUGAGGAUCAUCCCAACCCUUUCUUCACCAUCUAUUGCUGCUCCAACCGAAAGCUCUGCUCCUCCAGUGAGAGGCCCUGUCCCUCUACCAGGAAAACCCACCAUCAGAGUCCGUGACCCAAUCGCUCACACCCCGACCCUGGGACCCCCUCAGCCAACAAGGGUCAUGGAGACCACCAGCACCAUUCCUAUCCAGCCAACCAUGACCAGGCCUACCUAUGUGGAGGCCACAGCCACGCCCCCCACACCUACAAGAAGACCUACCAAGAAACCCAAGAGACCCAAAACCACACCAGUUCCCAAAGAGCCAAAGACUUCAACAGCAAAGCCCCCCAGACGCACCACGCCGUCAGGUGGAGUCGUCCCUGACCCGUUCAACAAGAAGCCCUCCCUGCGUAACCCCAUUGACCAGGUCAACGCACUGGUGGGCACCUACUUUGAGGUGAAAAUCCCGUCUGAUACAUUCUUUGAUCCAGAGGAUGGAACUACAGACAAGCUGCGUCUCACUCUGAGGCAGAACCACAAUGAAGUGGUUGGAGAGGGCUCCUGGAUCCAGUUCAACACCACCAGCCAGCUUCUGUACGGCCUUCCUGAUGUCCAACACGUUGGGAAACAUGAAUAUUUCAUGCAGGCUGCCGACAAAGGUGGCCUGACUGCAAUCGAUGCUUUUGAGGUCCGUGUGAGCCGCUGGCCCAUCAAUGACAAGACCCCUGCCAUCUUCACGGCUCGCUUUGAUGGUGAUCCACGGUCAGUGACAAACGACAUCCACAAGAAGAUCCUCCUGGUCAAGAAGCUGGCAUACGCUCUCGGGGACAGAAACAGCAGCACAGUCAGUCUCAGGAACAUCAGCAAAGGCUCCAUUGUGGUCGAGUGGACUAACACCAGCCUCCCAACACAGCCAUGCCCCAAAGAACAGCUACAAGUCAUGAGCAGGACUCUCGCUAGUGCUGAUGGGAAGCCCUCACAGACCUUUAGGUAUUCUAUGGAGCCUGAAUUCAGACCUCUGGAUGUCAUGGUGAAGGGACGUGCCAGCUGCAGGAUGUUUUCCUUCAUCCCCCCAGGAGAGAUCGACAUCCCUGAACCUCCGGCAGUCACUCCAGCUCUGGGGACAGGCAGGCAGAGCACAGAUGAUGUUUACCUCCACACAGUCAUUCCUGCUGUGGUGGUGGCAGCCAUCUUGCUCAUAGCAGGUAUCAUAGCGAUGAUCUGCUAUAGGAAGAAGAGAAAAGGCAAGCUGACCAUUGAAGAUCAGGCCACCUUUAUCAAAAAAGGUGUACCUAUCAUAUUUGCUGAUGAGCUGGACGACUCUAAGCCGCCUCCUUCUUCCAGUAUGCCCCUGAUUCUGCAGGAGGAGAAGCCCCCACUCCCGCCCCCUGAGUACCCCAACAUGGCCACUCCAGAGACCACUCCCCUCAACCAGGAGCUUCUGGGGGAGUACACCGCUCUGCGGGACGAGGACCCAAACGCCCCUCCCUACCAGCCGCCACCUCCCUUUACCACCCCGAUGGAGGGCAAAGGCUCCCGUCCCAAGAACAUGACCCCCUACAGAUCUCCUCCUCCCUACGUGCCCCCCUAAGACUGGUGUGACCCUCCUCUCAUGGGGUGGAGGGAGAAAACGCCUGAGGAACUGUGACGGUUUCCAUCCUGGUGUUCGUCUGUCAGGACUUCAACAGGGAGAGAUGACAAAAGGUGCUAAAGUACAACACAGUUACGGGGGACUAUGGUGGGGGAGGGGCAGCCGUGAGGUGGGUGGGGUUUUCAGUAGACAAAUGGGGUAUUUGGUUAGAACAGCUGGGUGGGACUACUUUUUUAGUGGAAGCCCAGCUACUACAGUGGCCUAAGACAAACAAGCUGUCAUCACAUUGGCUGUCAGAAGACCAUGUGGUCAGAGGUGACAAAUGGGAGACAAGCUCUCCCUUCCCAGCAUCUGCAUUUUUUUGUCUUUCUCUGUUUGUUUAAAAUUCUGGCUUUUAUUUAGUGUUGUCAUCAUUAUCCCAACAUUUGAUUCUUUUUGUUCUGGACUGAAUGUUUUUCCUAACAGCUCGUCUUUUGUCGUUCUUUGAAAUCAAACCUGAAGAGAGUGAACUGCCAUCAGACCUCUGCAGGCGACAACAACUGUUUUUAAUCAGGAAAGUGAAUAUUAAAACCUUCUCACAAGGAUCUGACAACACUGUGUGUGUGUGUGUGUGUGUGUGUGUGUGUGUGUGUGUGUGUGUGUGUGUGUGUGUGUGUGUGUGUGUGUGUGUGUGUGUGUGUGUGUGUGUGUGUGUGUGUGUGUGUGUGUGUGUGUGUGUGUGUGUGUGUGUGUGUGUGUGAGUGAAUGAGGGGGUCUGUUUGAUCAGAUUUAAUACAGUUUGCCUUUUAACACGAGUUGUCUGUUUCUAUCCUUAUUCACGGCGUCUAGUAAAGAUGAGAAUAACAAGGUAGCCUAAAAAGAUUUAGAGAUGAAUAAUAAAUACUUUGUUUGUGUCACUGGUUUUGAAUUCACUGUAUCUCUGGAGGAUUGUGUUACUUCUUUAGUGGAGGAAGAACGCAGGUAGAAAAGGACUGCCUCACUAAAAUAACCUGCAACAACUCUUUAUGCCUGUUUUACAAUAAGCCAAUAAAUGUUAUGUUUCAUGAUGUUCACUCAGCAGACAUUGCCAUGCUCAGGAAGCACAAAUAGUCAUAACGUCACAGGGAUCAGCAGCUGAAAGACUAAAGAUGGUGGACGGACAUUUGGACUCUUUGUUUAGACAACAGGGAACAUUUGGAUGCAAUAUUUUAGGUUUCAUUCAGAUGUCUGAUUCUAACAUUUGACCCAUAUCUUAAGCUUAACAAAAUGAACAGCCGUUUUCCACAUCCACUAGCUCCUUAAAAACAGGUACAGGAGUCCUUGAGGUUAUUUUGGAUCUGAGAUUAUUAUAUUUUUAUGUUUGGAGGCAGUCCUUCUCUUCAGUCUGAGGACAAACGUUGUGCCAUAACUGUCCCUGAUGGGACUGAAUAGAUAUAUUCACAUUUGAGAGGUCACAGCUGAGAUGGCCACGUGUUUCAAAAUGAGGCAGGAAGAUGAAACAACCUUGAGUCUCCAGCAGCUAUCUCUCUGAAUGAAUAAAAUGUUCCUUCUAAUUUUUUAAAAAGUUUUUGAUACAGCCUGAAAUGGUUCGAUAAUAAAGUGAUUUAUAAAAUCUUAGUUUAGAAUUUCAAUUAUGAUUCAGUUAUGUGCACUUUGUUUUUUUUUGUCAUGGGUCACAUAUUUUACGAGUUUUAUUUUAUCCUGUGUGUUUGCAUAUCAAAUGUAUCUCCCACUAUACAAAGAUGGAAUGACCGAUCUUUAAUGUAAUCACAAACUUUAUUUUUUGUCCUUCUGUUUGCUAAUGAGUUCAACUGAAAGUGAUCCUCUGCAAUAAUAAUGUAAGGCACAGUCCACUGGCUGACUGUCGGUGACUCACGUUGUCAUAAUAUUGUUGGUUUUUUGCAGGAUGCCAAGGCUUUUUGCUUUUCAAGUGUGCAUUGUCAUAAUAAAACCAACUGGUACGAUUUAAACCAA